UUCUAUGUUUCCACAGAUGUCAAACCCCGUUACUGUAUAUAAUCUAUAUUUACAAAACUUCUUUAUUCAACUUUGUAUAUAUCAUAAGUUAUAGAAUAUUGAGAAAAAAUGACUAACACCAUCACUAUACGACGUACACUGACGACUUUCGAUGGUUGCAUCACGUUUGGCAGCUCAGCAUUCUGGUGAGGGGGAUUCUGAGGGUUUGUGAGUGUAUAAAGACCGGACUUCGGGCCGAAUCAUGUAUUGCACAUCCUAAGGUGCGGUGUACCAUAACCAUCCGAUAAUUAUUAUUUUUUUGUGAAAUUAAGAAACAAUCCUGAGUUCAACCGAAUCGACAGGUGCUGAAACUUCAAUAAGUAUGUCCUUUGAAGACUUGGUAACUGAUCCUUGCCGAGCAGUUAACAAAUUAGAAACAGAGGAAGCAACGACAGCCACCUGUGAUGAGAAUACAGUUAUGGAAAAUGUGUGUUCUCAUUACUUAGAAGGAAAGUGUAGAUUUGGCGACGACUGUUUCAACUUACACCCACCUAACGUUGAAGUGAAAAAAGUUACUACUACAAAACACAGUACUCAAAACCAAAAUAAAUCGGCAAAAAAUACCCGAAAAGUACCACCAGAGGUAGAAAACGAAAAAAAGAAACCUCUAAAGACAGCAGGAGAUGUGAGAAAGAGGAUACAAUGGGACCCGGAACUUCAGAAAGAAUAUUUCACAGUCGGAUAUUUAGACAGAUUUAUUGGUGUCGUGGAGAAACCUUAUACAGCAUUUUCCUGGGAACAUCUCUCCAUGGUGGACCUGGACCAGCUGGCUGUGCCACAACAUCGUAUCCAGUACUAUAAAUAUAAGGGUACUAAAGUGUGGGACAAAAAUGAGCGACUAGAUCAUGUAUUUGGGAGUGCAGGAAAUGGCAUUACCAUUCAACAAGUUAUUCGAGAAGUUGAUGCAGAGAUUGAAAAAAAUACUCAGACUUUCGAUUCAGACGAAGAUUCUUCAGAUGAUGAACUGAUAGUGCUGGGAGGAGUCUCAAAUUCUGGAAGAGGAUUAAUAUCAAAUAUUUGUGAGGGACAGGGACCAAAGGAAGUAUUUCUCCGUGCCACACACUUUUUCUGCAUUAAAGUAAAAAACGAUCAAGUGAAAUCAACUGCAGCGAAGGUGCAGGAAUAUGUGGUGCAGGGAGAACCUGUCCUUCGCAGCUGUGUCAUGCCCAACGAGUUACUACACGUCACUCUUGCUAUGGUCCGUAUCGAAACACCCGAGGCUAUGACUGAGGCUGUCAAUAUUCUGAAUGAUUUACAAGGCAGGAUUGAGAAAUUACUUGGACCAACACCAGAAGAUGUUGAGGAAAAUCCAGAACGUAUCAUCAGAGUUCGAGGACUGUCCACAUUCGGUGCCAGGGUGUUGUAUACGAAACUCCAAGUCCCAUCCUCCUUUACUGUCAUCGUGGACAUGUUGUACGAGGCUCUUCGUCGCGUCGAUGGUAUCACGGUAACCAAUCACUUCGGCUUUGUGCCCCAUAUGACACUGCUCAAGAUUAACAGGCCUACAGCUCGGGAACGCCGCUCAAAGUACUUCAACUCUAGCCUCUAUAGUGAUUACCUUGAAUGCGAUUUUGGCACUAUUGUGUUCAAUAACGUCCAUUUCUGUUGUAUUGAAGAUUUAAGGGGCCCUGAUGGAUUUUAUGUCACUUGCAGAAAGAUUGAAUUUUGAUAAUACACACAACGCUAUUGUAAUACUGGUGAUAACAGAUUAUUUAAUCAUGUGAGAUGUGUCACUCCUAUAAACUCCACCUAUUACCAAAUUUUACCAUACAGUAGCAGCACCAUUUAUCAUUUCAGCUGAUGUCUUAUCUCAAUGAUUAGUGAUAACUGAUAAUGGAAUGGUGAAACAUUUCAUUUCAUGCUAAGGCCCAGACAAAUUGUAUUUUCUGUUUUAGUUAAUUUUGUCUUCAAAGUUCAAUGUUGGGAAUUGGAAUAAAAAAAAAAUGGUGAAUCUAUAAAAUCUACAAAUGUAAUGAUUUAGACAUGUAAUCCAUAUUAGUGCCUAGCCUAUUUUUCAGAGAAUGAUUCAUUGAUUUUCAGUUGAACCUCUAUACAGUACAGGGUACUGUAUUUGUAAUUGAUGAUGAUGAGUGCAGUUACUACCUAUAAUCUCUAAUAUGAAUGCAAAGACCAUAGCUGUUUUAAGUGUAGUACAGCAAUUCAUUAUAUAAUAAUUUUAACAUCAAAAUAUUCAUUGUAAUGAUAUUUCUAGGAGUUCUGAUUGUGUUAAUGUCAUAAAUUAAUAUACAGUACUGUUGUUUGAUUAAA